AUGAAGAAAUUGUGUGGUCUUAGCUGUGGUGUGCUGCUGCUAUCGGCAUUCGUUGCGGUAGUACCUAGUGGCGUUCAGGCACGUGGCCUUAAGUCCGGACGAGCCUUCGACACAUUCCGGCUGCCGAAUAGUACAGUGCCGACGCACUACACCCUCCGGCUGGAUACGGAUGUGCACCGCGGUGUGUUCGACUACACGGGCAAUGUACAGAUCCGUAUUAACGUGGUGGAAUCGACCAAUCAAAUAGUGCUGCACAGUUUGCGCAACGUAAUCACGCACUUGGAGCUACGCAACAGUGCGGGUCUGAAGAUUGCCUAUAAGAAUUACGAAUUCGACGAAGAGAAGGAAUUUCUCGUGAUCAAUGUGGCGACGACGUUGCAAGCGAACAGUGGUACCUACACGCUCGAAAUAGACUUCACCAACAGUAUCGAUCGGAACGAUCAGGCAGGAUUCUACCGCUCAUCUUACGAGGAUGAUGAAGGUGUUACUAGAUAUCUUGGACUAACGCAGUUCGAAUCCGUCGAUGCAAGAACCUCGUUCCCCUGCUACGAUGAACCCGGCAUAAAGACAACGUACGACAUUUUCAUCGUGUGUGGCAUUGAGUAUCAUGCCCGGUCCAAUGCACCACUUCUGGGAAUCCAACUGAUGGAGGGUGGCAAAAAGUUGUCCACCUUUGCCAGAACGCCACGCAUGCAGACCUAUCUGGUCGCUUGGUUGGUAUCCGAUUUUGUGUACGAGCGUGAAGUACUGUCCCAACCCCAGCUAGCGGUCGCAACCUGGGCGAAGCCUUCUUCCGCCCAUCUGCUUACCUACUCGGUCGAUGCCUCCACGCGUUUCAUGCGUGCCAUGGAGGAGUACUUCGGGCAGCAGUACAGCAUGUCCAAGAUCGACAAUGUGGCAAUCAAAGAUGCGGACUACAGUGCCGGAGCAAUGGAGAACUGGGGCCUGGUAACGUACCGGGAGUCGGCUAUCUUUUACGAACCAGAGCAAGGCGAAGCACGGCAGGUCGGAGUCGUAACGAUCGUGGGUCACGAAUUCACGCACCAAUUUUUCGGCAACCUGCUGGCACCGAAAUGGUGGAGCUACCUGUGGCUUAACGAAGGUUUCGCGCGGCUCUAUCAGUACUACGUGGGCGAUAUUAGCCACCCGGAACUGAACCUUCGUCAGCGGUUCAUUACCGGACCACUGCAGGCUGCACUAAGGGCAGACGAUUCGCUCACUGUUCGCCCCAUGACGUACUACAUCGAUACGCGCCAGGGUAUCUCCAGGCUGUUUGAUUCGAUUGCAUACGACAAAUCGGCCUCUGUUCUUCGUAUGAUGAACUAUGCCUUGGGCGAGCGAACAUUCCAGAAGGGACUUCGCUACUAUAUCCAACAAAACAAAGACCAUGGUGUGGUCGAGGAAUCCAAUCUGUUCGACAGUAUUGCACAGGCUGCCGAGGAAGACGCGGUCUUGCCCAUUUCCCUUUCCAUGCAGGAAAUUUUCGGCUCGUGGUCCAAUCAGCCCGGUGUCCCGUUGGUGAAAAUUCGCCGCGACGGCGAUGAGUACUACUUCACGCAGGAACGUUACGUUGCUGCAGACCCGCCAGCGGAACCGUUCACAAACGCUUGGUGGAUACCGAUUUCCUACUCGACACCGAGUGACGCAACGUUUGAGAUGUUGCCCGCGUUCUGGAUGCCACCGAACGUGUCGGAGGUAGCGUACACGAUCGCAACUGCCGAGGGCGAAACGGUUUCGUUCAAUCCCCUUUCGACCGGAUACUACCGGAUCGAGUACGACGAAGCCAUGCUGCAGGAAUUGGUCGAGCGAAUGAAUACGGAUCACACCGCCUUCAAAGCUCCCGCACGUGCCCGGCUGGUCGAUGACACGCUCAACAUUGCGCACUCGCGCGGUGGCAACUAUGCGGUGGUACUGCAGCUGCUGAAUUAUCUGGCAAAGGAAACGGAAUAUGUGCCCUGGAUGGUUGCGUACGAUAACCUGCGCCACCUGCAGACACGGCUGCGCAGCAACGCGAAGGCCUCUGGUUUGCUGCAAACGUUUGUGGAAAAGCUCGCUGCGCCCAUGUUGGAGAAGUACGGUGUCGAUCAGGGAUUGGGAGACUCCGCCUCAGUCCAGGAACUGCGCACGAUCGCGAUCGAGCUGGCUUGCAGUGCUAGUGAAUCGUGCCAAGCUGGCGCCCAGUCGGCCGUUAACUCUGUAGCACGCGGUGUAAAGCGUCACUACAGUGCAUCGGAAGGUGCGCUGCUGUGCAGUGGUCUACGGCAAGUUAAUGCCGACCAACGCAAAGCAUUCGUAGAGCAGAUUUCGCACGCGCUCGUCGAUAAGAAUCUGGACAACAUUUUCGCUAGGCAGUACCUGGAGCAAUCUCUCAGCUGUACGGGACUCGAUAUGACGAAGGUGGAAUCGUAUGGCAAAUAUCUAUUCGCACUAAGUGAAACCGAUCGGUCCAAAGCGCUACAUCGGUUGUUCGUUGAGUCGAAGGUGCCACUCGCCGAUGUCGUCGAAUCCCUGCAAUCGGAACUCUCGCAACGAACUAGCAACUCCGUUUACCGCACCAACAUCCCGAAGGUACUGUUGGAGGUAGCUCGCUACGUAACGGAGCCAUCCGAGAUGGAGUUAUUAAACUCUGCCACAGCUACUUACGCACCUUGGAUUGCCCCAGAAAUCAAGGAACAGCUUGCGGCUAAUCGUAGAUGGCUCGAUCGCAAUGUCGAACCACUGGUGGACGCCCUGACACGCUUCUUGAACGUUUAA